CCGUACAUGGAUCAGUCUGCUACAGAGCCGGAGCAUCUGAGAGCGGAGUGGAAACAGGAAGAGGAGGAGGUGAGGUGGAAGAAAGAAGACAGAGGAGAGAGGAACGGGCCAGACAAGGUGGCGAGUAGUGCAAGGGAGGAAUAGGGGAGCCAAGAGGGGCGUGUGGACCAAAGAGAGCGAAGACAAGAAAAACAGAGAGCUCGCAGAGGAUGACCGUGUCUAUUUAAAGGGACUGCACGGGUCUGCUGUCUAGCUAUUCCUGACGGACAGCGUCAUCAUAUUGGGUCCAGAUUCGGUCUCCUCCUUUCUCUCAGUGCUCAUUGUAAGGUGUGAAGUGGAGGGCCUACCAAACACAGACCAAGACUGGCUGCAUGUAUCACCCCGCAGAGCUGUACUCUGGCCGCAACACAUGGGACUCCUAUCCAGCUGGAGGACCUAACAGAGGACAAUGGGCUCCGGUAAACAGUCGCCCCUGGAGCCACACAGAAAGAUCCCAAGAAGGGCGCAAUCAAUCACAUUAUUCACCAAUAAGUCGUCUUUAUAGUAGGGAGGAGAGAACGGUUAACAAUUUCCAGGACAAGGGUAUCUCUAAGGGGCACAGACAGCCUCCACAUGCCUGGGAUGGCAAAGAGCAGCCGUUUGAGGCCCAGACCUGGCAUCACAACUCAACACACUCAUUCCACAACAGAGCUGGCAACACCACCGGUUAUCUAACAGGACCAGGAGAGCGCUACCCAAACUGGGACAACAAUGCCAGCAACACGAUGUAUGGAGGGCCUCGCCUGCAUCGCAACAAUAGAGAACUCCAGUCCCCACCGGAGAGAUGGGCCCCCUCAGACUGCCGCAGGAGCUUUCCUGACAGAAUGAUGAACAACAAGCCAGAACCCUGGAAACGGCCAGUCCUCCACCAGAGGCGAGACCAACUGCACCAGCACAGCCCACCUCCACAGCACCCAUUAUCCCCCAGGGAAGAGUGUCCGGCCAAGAGGAGAAGGGACUCUGGCCCUGAUCAGUCAUCUCAUCCUGCAUCAAGGCAUGUACCUUUAAUUGGUCAUGCCCCUUCGCCACCUCGCCACCACCGCUGCAACCAGGACGACUGGAAGCCUCUUCAUGACAGGACGGGUCAUUGCCAUCACUCUGACCACAGGACCUCAACCCAGCAACAGGUGAGCUUGUGUAAUAAAUAA